GAAGGACAAGCCCACACACAAGCUCCUCUCCCUCUGCCGUCUCCCUUGCUGCAAGGAGCUCAAAGCCGUGUGAGUGUGAUGCUGACGUGUGCCUGCACUCGUUUCCCUGCAGUGAAGGAAGAGAAAGGGGGAGAGACAGCAAUCCUAUCAGAUCCUGCAGUUUUUGUUCUUGCAUCAGCUUGCCAUGGACAGAGGAGCAGGUGCUCCCAUGGAUGCAGGCCAGGAUUUGUGGGACUGGGAGGUCCUGCCUGACCGCAGGAGCUUCUCUAUGGGACAUGGCAGCAUGCAUCCUAAUGAUCAAGAAACAGAGGAACAUGUUCUGCCUCCAUCAGGAGAUGCUGCUGUGGCCGACGAGCCUGACGUCGAGUGCAAGGACAUCGGCGUCGUGCUGGAUGAGACCAAGCCUGUGCCUAGUGUCGCCGAUCUGGUGGUCUCUGACAAGGACAAGGACAAAGACGAGGAAGAGAAGGCGUUCGAGAGCUCUGACGCCAAGGAGGCCGACGACGACAAAUUUGCCGAGGAGGAAGAGGAUGUCAAGAAGGGGAACAAAAAGGCGCGGCUGGAGUGCGUGGUGUUCAGCGUGGGGAAGCUGAAGGUGAACGGGAUCGGCGCGCUGUGCUCGUUCGGGUUCGCCGCCGCCACCGUCUGCAUCUUCCUGAUCGGCGGCAGGCUGCAGCACCACCACAGGCAGCAGCAGCAGCAGAAGAUCCAGCUGCAGUUCUAUGGCGAUGAUAAGAGAAUCCAGCAGGUUGUGCAGCAGACCUCAAGGCUGAACCAGGCCAUGUCAUCCGUGAUGGGGGCGGGAGGAGCAUCGACAAGGGCCAACAUAUCAUUUGGUGGCUUCUACGAUGGGUUGUGAUCUCAUCAGAGUGGAGUAUCAUCGUCAAGCACAAGUUGCCAUGGUAGCAGGUAGCAACUUAUUAGAUAUGCUACUGCGGUACGGCCAAGUGGUCUGAAACUCUGAAUGUACACUACCACGUACCCUGCACAUAGUUUGUACUGGUUGUAAAUAAUUGGGUUCUUAGACCUUGGUUUUUAUUACAUACAGAUAAGGAUGGAUUAUUGCUAGGGUUGUUCAAGCUGAUAGAUAAGAAAAAGAUUAUUUGACUUUUGCCGAAAUAGGAAAUGCUUAAUGGAGAAGUUACUAACUGAACAUGAAUAAUUCCUCCU